AUGGUAAGAUUGUUACAAAAGAAUCAUGUGUUUACAAUACGUUUAACAUCAACAAAAAAAUCAAGUAAAAAAGUUGUGAAUUCAUGGAUAAGUAAUUCAAAUAAAUCGUAUACGAAAUUUAUUAAGAACAAAAUUGAAAAUGAUUUGACUUUGCCUAAUUCACAGAAUUGGUUUGCUAGAGAAUUGAUCGGAGAAGCUUCGGGAACACCUAACGAUUCAGCGUUAGAUCCAAAUUCAUUUCAUCGAGCAAUAUGUCCAGUAUUAAUUAUUGGCCAAAUAUUUGGUUUAUUACCGGUAUCAGGUAUUUCUUCGAAAAAUUCAAAAUCAUUACGGUUCGAUUGGCGAACAUUCAAAGUACUGUAUGUGACAAUUAUUAAUGUAGCAACAACGAUAAUGGCCUUAAUUAGCAUAUAUUACAUGCUUAAAAUGAUGGGUACUUUAGAUGAUAAAGCAGCAAUAUCAGCAAUAUUUUUUCAAAAAUUGGCACACAGUUGGCCAAAUUUAGUACAAAAGUGGACAAAAUUUGAGUUAAACAUGUGGGAAUAUGAGAAGACACAUUUAGCUCGAGAUUUUAGGAUAAUGUCAGGGGUCAUUCUAGGAUUAUCAUUUUUUGAACAUGCGUUAAGUGUUUAUAUAAAUAUGCCAACAAUGAAUGAAAAAGGAAUCUAUAAUGAUAGUUUCUGGAAUUAUUUAAAAGAAUAUUGUAUAAAUUCACAUCCGUUCAUCAUCAAUAUUACAUCAUAUAAUUUAUUUGUGGCAUUUUUUAUUGUGAUCAUAAGUAAUACAGCAACUUUUGCAUGGAAUUUUCAAGAUUUAUUUAUCAUAUUAAUUAGUUAUGCGUUAACAAUGCGUUUAAAGAUGUUAAAUAAACGAUUAAAAAUAUCGCAUGAAAAAAAUACUCUACGAAGAGACGAUUGGCGCAAACAGCGUGAGUUAUAUGGAGAAUUUUCAUCAUUGGUUAAAUACGUUGAUAUUAAAAUGUCCGUACUCAUUGCUUUAUCAUUCCUAAACAAUUUAUAUUUCAUAUGUUUUAGAUUACUAUUGGGUGUUGGAACUGAAGCAACUAGUACGUUCCUACUUUUGAACAAUUACGGCGGUUUUUUAUUUAUGGUAUUACGAGCAGUGUUUGUAACACUGAUGUGUGGCGAAUUACAAAUUUACAGCAAAAGUGCUCUUACAACGGUUUACUCUUGUCCAUCAGAAUUGUUUACAAUUGAAACGGAACGAUUGUCUAAUCAAUUAAAUUCUGAUUAUAUUUGUUUAACUGCACUGGGAUUUGUGUUUGUGACACGCGGAUUUUUAUUAAGCGUUGCGGGAAUGGUAGCAACUUAUGAAAUUGUUUUGUUGCAAUUUGAUGAUAAGUUGGAUAAGCAAGAUGUGUUUUCUCCGACUUUUAAAUGA